AAUUAAAUGUAAAAACUGUGCAAGUGCAAAGAAAAAAAAAAGAAUAAAAUAAAGGAUACAACAUCGCGUUAUCCUGACAAACACAUAACGAACGGUUGUCUUGUUUACAAGUUGCGGUCAGGACUUUUUUCGGAUUUUCCAACAGGGGGUCCUUGCCUGCCUUAGUGUUAGUUAGUUUCUGUGGUUUCCCCCCCACCUCCCCUGUGUGUUUAUUUGUGUUGUGCUGCUGCAAAGUGGAAGACGCCAUGGCAACACAUUGCUAAUCGAUGACGUGACCAAAAAAAAAUACAAACCAACAAUAAAAACCCCCCACAAACAAGCCAGCAAACAAAAAAGGAGACUAAACCAAACCAAAACACAAAAAAAAAAAAAAAAAAACAAAGAAAAAGGAGCAAACACCCUUUACACUCGGGAUAACACAAGGAUAAUGACCAUAAACUGAUUUGAUGGCGAAUUGAAAUGGCAGCAAAAAUGUAAACGCCCCGAAGAGCCAAAACACUAUAGAAAACGAAGAGCUUGGUAAAUAAGCGGAUAAACCAAGAAAAAAGGAAAACAAAAAGGAUAACGAAUAAACUAACAAAAAAAAAUCUGAUAAUAAAAAAAGAGAAAAAAUCAUAAACGAAAGAAUGCCGGGAACUGGUGUCCUGUGAGCUGAAAAUGUGAUGCGAAGGCGACGCAGAUUGCAGAUUGCAGCCAAGGACCAAAAGGACCACGAGGACCGCUGGUGCGCCAACAAUCGGUGGGGCAAACAAUGAGAACUAAUAAAGCACUUAAGCGGAUAGACGACGACCAGCAACAAGGACAUCUAAGUGGUGGAAAGAUUCCAGCUUCGGCAAUCAAAGGACGAUUUCCCGUGCAACGUGCAUCGGAUUGAUAGCACGCAACGGGGCGUAUGAUCAACGUGCAACAUCCUCAUCAUCAUCACUAUCAGCAUCAUCAUCAGAUUGACAGCAGACAACAGAGAAUGGCUGGCCAGGAUUUGCCACAAAUUGGACGCGACACGGGCCGCCGGGGGACUGUAUCCCAGUUGCGUCAUUCGAAGGACACCAGCGCUGACUGCGACUGUGACUGUGUGAGUGACUGCAACUGUGACUGCAACACCACCGGCCCAGCUUCCAGCGCAACCACACCGCUGACAGCCAACGGUGGAACCACCAUCGGUGGCUCUAACCUGGCUGUUGUGCAGAAGGACAUUCAACAACGAAACCACCUGCUAAAGAUGCCAACAACAACCACAUUAAAAACAAGAACAGAGAAACCAACGAUAAAAGCCAACACCGCCACCACCACUACCAAAUCAUCAUCGGGAGGCAACGCAUCCUGGACAUUAAGGAUAUUAGCAAAAUGCACUGGCAGCAGCAGCAUCAGUGGCGGGGUCAGCAACUCCAUUUCCUGUCUGCUGUUCUCGGCUCUGAUCCUGGGAGUCCUUGUGGGCAGCGGCGAGGCAGGAUUCGCCUGCCUCAGCAAUCCCUGUGUAUUCGGUGUCUGCAUCGAUGGCCUGAACAGCUCGUACUCGUGCUACUGCAUUGAUGGCUACACAGGGAUCCAGUGCCAAACGAAUUGGGACGAAUGCUGGUCGGGCCCCUGUCAGAAUGGCGGGACAUGUGUGGACGGUGUGGCCUACUACAAUUGUACGUGUCCGGAAGGAUUUUCCGGAUCCAAUUGCGAGGAGAAUGUCGACGAAUGCAUGUCGAACCCCUGCCAGAACGGCGGACUUUGCAGGGACAGGACUAAUGGCUACACAUGCACCUGCCAGCCGGGAUACCUGGGGGAUCACUGUGAGCUGGAUGUGGCUGUCUGCGACACAGGAACUGGAGCUCGAUGCCAGCAUGGUGGAGAGUGUAUUGAAGGACCUGGCUUGGAGUUUACCUGCUCCUGUCCUGCGGGCUGGCACGGCAGGAUCUGCCAAGAGGAAAUCAACGAGUGCGCCUCCUCGCCGUGCCAAAAUGGAGGUGUCUGUGUCGACAAGCUGGCUGCCUACGCCUGUGCCUGUCCCAUGGGCUACACGGGCAUCAAUUGCGAGGAGGAGAUCCUAAUCUGCGCGGACAAUCCCUGCCAGAACAAUGCCCUGUGCCUCAUGGAGGAGGGCAUUCCCACGUGCUAUUGCGUGCCGGACUACCACGGCGAGAAGUGCGAGUUCCAGUACGACGAAUGCCAGUUGGGACCGCGUUGCAUGAACGGAGGAGUCUGCAUCGAUGGCGUGGAUACCUUCUCCUGCUCAUGUCCUCCUUUAUUGACUGGAAUGCUCUGCGAAUGUUUGAUGGUUGGCGAAGAGUCCUUGGACUGUAAUUACACGGCUCCAGCUACGCCGCCGCCAGCUAGGGGAACCACCACAACGUCAACGGUGGCGCCUCCGACCGUGAGACCAGUGACGCCACCAGAAACUACGGUUCCCCCGAAAGUCAGCGAAGAGGUCACAACCCCAGGUUCUGUUUCCGUAUCAUCUGCAUCCUCCGAAGAAGCUGUAUCGGUAGAGAUCAGACCACAAACCCUGGCGCCACCCGAAAGCGAUAGCCACAGUAUUUCCAGAGAGCAAACUACAGUAGCUCCACCGCCUCAGGAGAGGGAACCUAGUUCCGAGUCUGAACCGGAAACCGAGGAGGUAGUGGUGAUAACUGCUACCACGAUAGCACCACGAUCCUCUAGUGCCUCCUCGGAGGAGUCAGCCAGCAUCUACACCACCCUGCCCCCGCUGCCAGGCACUUCGAGGGAAGUGGAUUCCGGGGGCGAGGUGGUCACCUCCGAGGAGUACACCACAGUUCCUCAUUUCGAUGUGAGCGUCAGUAAGAGUGAGAGUGGCAGCGCAGAGGCCACCACAGCAGGACCCACUGUCCCACCCAGCAUAACCAUUGAAGUGGAUCUCACCUCAGUUUCCACAAGCAGCAGCAGUAGUAGCUCCGAGUCCGUGGAAAUAAUGACAACACCAGCUCCGACCUUUACCCAAAAAGUAACCACCCUGGAAACUACGAUUUCUGUGGAGUAUGUGACCCCUACGCCGUAUUAUCCCACGGAGACCACCACACCGCGAGUGGUGCCAGUACCGCGACCCACUUUCGCUACCGAACCGCCGCUGGACGUGAUGGAGACAACUGCUUCGACGCACCACCUCUGGACAGAGGUGUCCACUACGGCGGCGCCGUUCUUUACGGAAUAUCCAGCCGAGGUUAUGAUAACCACCCAUCGCACCAGUGCCGGGCGGUUUACUACAGUUCAGCCACCUCUUCAGGUUACCACGCUGGGACCAGAGUCCGGGGAGACUUCCGUGGAGACGGCAACGCCUCACAUAGUAGUCACCAUUAUAGACACAAAGGAUAUCGUCACCCCCACGAUUACAACUACUGGAAUGCCAACAACCCACCACCACGAUCAUCAUCAUCAUCACCACCACGAACACGAGGAAGUCACCACAUUGCAGCCAGGAGAGGAUGAUGAUGAGCACCACCACCACCACCAUCAUCACGACCAUCAUCACCACCAUCAUCCCGAAGGAGAGCUCACCACUCCGAUGCCCGUGGAAAUAACGACAGGACAGGCUCUGCAAACAGAAGAUCUGAUUGAGGUUCCGCAGGUUGUGACAACGGUGGAGCCCUUCGCCCCACCAGAAACCACGGUGGUGCCAGUGGUUGUGCCUGUUAUUACUGCUGCUCCCAUACCGCCAGCUACGGUGGCUCCUACUCAAGUAACUGAAGCGCCCACGGCUGCUCCUACGGCGGCUCCAACGUUGCCUCCACAAACUUUGCCUCCUCAGACCCUUCCUCCGCCGACCCUGCCUCCUCUGACUCUGCCCCCGCAGACCUUGCCUCCUCAGACUCUGCCUCCUGAGACUCCUCCUCCCAUAACUAUUGCUCCUGCAACCCUGCCGGCCGCUACCCUGCCACCUGCUACCCUGCCACCUCCGACGAUACCGCCAACUCCUCCCUCCACGCAAUCUGCACAAACUCUGCCCCCACCCAUCCAUGUCUACACCACUCCGGACGGGCCAGCGCCCACUGCGCCGGACCGGCAGACCAAGACGCCGGUCACGGAGAGCAGCGAGGAGGUGGAGGGCGCCAACACAGUGGCUACCGGCGGCCGAGGCGCAGGAGGCCUUCCCGAGGAGAAGGCGGCGGACGUGGAUUGCAUCAAGCUGGGCUGUUACAAUGGCGGGACCUGUGUGACCACUUCAGAGGGAUCAAGGUGCGUUUGCCGCUUUGACCGACAAGGACCUCUCUGUGAACUCCCCAUUAUUAUCCGGAAUGCCGCAUUCUCGGGCGACUCGUAUGUGUCGCAUCGUAUCUAUAAGGACAUCGGUCAGCACGAGUCCUUGGACGCCGUUCUGCCCAUGCACAUCCAGUUGAAGGUGCGAACACGGGCUACCAAUGGACUGAUCAUGCUGGCAGCCGCCCAGGGCACCAAGGGUGGCCACUACAUGGCCCUCUUCCUGCAGAAGGGCCUGAUGCAGUUCCAGUUCUCUUGCGGCCUCCAGACGAUGCUCCUCAGCGAGCUGGAAACGCCGGUGAACACAGGCCACGAAAUCACCAUUCGGGCUGAAUUGGACUUUAGCCGGAAUUACACACACUGCAACGCCUCGCUGCUGGUGAACGACACUCUGGCCAUGUCCGGGGAUCAGCCCACCUGGCUGAAGCUGCUGCCGCCGCGCCUCCACACCCCGGAGGCGAUCCUGAACACCUGGUUGCAUUUGGGUGGGGCGCCUCAGGCGCCGAUUGGCCUGAUUAUUGAGUUGCCACCAGCCCAGAGUGGCACUGGAUUCACCGGCUGCCUCCAUACGCUGAGAAUCAAUGGCCAGGGUCGUGAGAUAUUCGGGGAUGCCCUGGAUGGAUUCGGUAUCACUGAAUGCGGCUCUUUGGCCUGUCUAUCGAGUCCCUGUCGCAAUGGCGCCGCCUGCAUCAAAAUCGAAACCAAUGAGGUGGACGAGAACGGCGAGAAGGCGGAGAAGUGGAAGUGCAAAUGCCCCACCGGCUACAUGGGACCCACCUGCGAGAUAUCCGUGUGCGAGGACAACCCCUGCCAGUACGGUGGAACCUGUGUCCAGUUUCCGGGCAGUGGAUACCUGUGUCUGUGUCCCUUGGGCAAACAUGGUCACUACUGCGAGCAUAAUCUUGAAGUGGCGUUGCCUUCGUUCUCCGGCAGCGUUAAUGGACUCUCCUCGUUUGUGGCGUACACAGUGCCCAUUCCCCUGGAGUACUCCCUGGAGCUGAGCUUCAAGAUCCUGCCCCAAACCAUGUCGCAGAUAUCGCUACUGGCCUUCUUGGGUCAAUCCGGCUAUCACGACGAGAAGAGCGAUCACCUGGCCGUGAGCUUCAUCCAGGGCUACAUUAUGCUCACCUGGAAUCUGGGCGCAGGACCUCGUCGCAUUUUCACCCAGAAACCCAUAGACUUCCGGCUGGAUGCUCCGAGGGUUCCCUACGAGAUCAAAGUGGGUCGAAUUGGACGGCAGGCUUGGCUUUCGGUGGACGGAAAGUUCAAUAUCACGGGUCGCUCGCCGGGAUCGGUUAGCCGCAUGGAUGUCCUGCCCAUCCUCUAUCUGGGCGGCCAUGAGAUAGCCAACUUCAAUACUCUACCGCACGAUCUGCCGCUGCACUCGGGAUUCCAGGGCUGUAUUUACGAUGUCCAGCUGAAGGCGGGACAGGUGACAGUGCCGCUGCAAGAGACGCGCGGAGUCAGAGGUCGUGGGGUGGGUCAGUGCGGCACCAGAGAGUGCCACCGCCAUGCCUGCCAGCACGAUGGUGCCUGCCUGCAGCAUGGUGCGACCUUUACUUGCAUCUGCCAGGAGGGCUGGUAUGGUCCUUUGUGUGCUCAGCCCACAAAUCCCUGCGACUCCUUCAACAACAAGUGCUACGAGGACUCCACGUGUGUACCUUUGGUGAAUGGCUACGAAUGCGACUGCCCAGUGGGCCGAACGGGAAAGAAUUGUGAAGAAGAAAUCCGUUCCCUUAGCGAUGUAUCCCUGACCGGAAGGCGUUCCUAUUUGGCCGUUCGUUGGCCAUAUUUGUAUGAUGGCGGCGACAAACUGGGAGCUAAGCGAUCCCAAAUGGUCAGCUACCGAAACUUCACCAAGAAACUAAUGCCUCCCAAACCGAUCACCACCCCGAGCACCCACUUUGUGAUGAAACUAUUGAACGAGGUGGAGAAACAGCGCAGCUUCUCCCCAGUGCCACUGAUGGGCUCUAAGACCUUUGAGGAGCAUCACAGGGUGCAGUUCUUCUUCAUUGAGUUCCAGCUCCGGCCACUUUCCGAGCGGGGACUGCUUCUGUACUUCGGAACCUUGAACAACAACCAGGACAAGAAGAUUGGAUUCGUGUCGUUGUCCCUGCAAGGUGGAGUGGUAGAGUUCAGGAUCUCGGGCCCCAGCAACCAUGUGACCGUGGUGCGGAGUGUCCGAAUGCUGGCCAUCGGCGAGUGGCAUAAGAUCAAGAUGGCACAACGAGGUCGCUGGCUAACCCUGUGGGUGGAGGGCAGCGCCUCCUCAGCCCUGGCACCUUCUGCUGAGGUGCUGGUGGAGCCCGACUCGCUGCUCUACAUUGGCGGCCUGAAGGAUGUAUCCAAACUGCCGCACAACGCCAUUUCCGGAUUCCCCAUUCCCUUCCGGGGCUGUGUCCGGGGACUGGUGGUUAGUGGUACUCGUAUUGUGCUCAACGAAACUAAUAUUGUGGAAUCGCGGAAUAUUCGGGACUGCGACGGCACCGCCUGUGGCGGGGACUCCUGCGAGUCUGGCGGACACUGCUGGCUGGAUGAGAAACUGCAGCCGCAUUGCAUUUGUCCGGAAUACGCCAAGGGCGAUCGUUGCGAAUAUUCGGAGACCUGCAAACUCAUACCGUGCAAGAAUAAUGGAAGAUGUCUGCGAAGUGGGCGCUGUUCGUGUCCAAAUGGCUGGGGAGGCUUCUAUUGCGAGAUAGCCAUGAGCAAACCGACUACGCCGAGCUUCCGUGGCAACAGUUACCUGAUCUUGCCGCCGCCGCGAAUCCCAAUGAAAGACAAGAGGCGCGGCCCCUCCCUCUUUGUCCGCCCCCGCGAAGCCAUCCAAGUUUCGCUGAAUUUCUCCACCAUCGAACCGGACGGAUUGCUGCUGUGGAGCGAGCACGAGAGGAAUAAAUUCCUGGGUCUGGGCCUGGAGGCUGGUCACCUCAAGUUGGCCAGCAAUCUGCUGGGCAGCAUCAACGACACGGUGAGAGCUCCGGCAAGUGGCUUUAUAUCCGAUGGAGCCUGGCACUGGACCAGUGUCCUGCUAGACCGGACGCGACUGGAGCUCCAGCUGGACGGCGAGGUGAUCUUCACGGAGCGACUGCCGGAGAACAGUAGGCCCUCGCUGGCGGCGACCACAACGACACCCACAAGAACAACCACAAUAAUGUCAAGACGCAAGAAUUCCAGCAAAGAGCCAACAAUUAGCUACGAGGAUGUCUUUUAUUUGGGUGGCUUUCCUAACUUGGACUCGGUAAGCAAACGCACGCAAGGCCGUUUCUACGAACCCUUCAAAGGAUGCCUGCAAGACAUUCAAUUUGGCGCCGAACCCAAAGCUAUAAUUAGCGACUUCUCGGCAUACCAGGGCGAGAACAUUGGAUCCUGUGAUUUGCACGGUGAUGAGCCCCUUUAAUUGUAUAGAAAAUGAAUAAAGCUAAAUCAAAAAUCGGUAAUAUCGAAGCGAUUCUGUAAAACAUUCAAAUAUUGUGACUUAUCAAGAAUCCGAUUGGAGAA